CGUCAUCAUUUAACCACGUGGGCCGAAAAAAAUACAUAUAUAAAAGGUAGAAGAAGCCAUUGUUCGCGUUAUAAAGAAGUAGCUAGCGAACAUGGCAUCAACAAGCCGUGGAGACGGCCUGACCCUUCCUAAGGUACAGUGCCCCAACCACCCAGACGCCAUGCUGGUGGAAGACUACAGAGCAGGGGAUAUGAUCUGCCCCGAGUGUGGCCUUGUAGUGGGUGACAGGGUGAUUGACGUCGGCUCAGAGUGGAGGACCUUCACCAAUGAGAAAGCCACCAAAGACCCGUCUAGAGUGGGCGACGCCCAGAACCCACUCCUCAACGGGGGAGACUUGACCACCAUGAUCAGCAAGGGAACAGGCGCGGCUAGUUUUGACGAGUUCGGCAACUCCAAGUACCAGAACCGGCGGACCAUGAGCAGUUCAGACCGUGCCAUGCUAAACGCCUUCAAAGAGAUUACCACCAUGGCCGACCGGAUCAACCUACCAAGGAACAUCAUAGACCGAACAAAUAACUUAUUUAAGCAAGUGUAUGAACAGAAGAGCCUGAAGGGGCGGGCCAACGACGCCAUCGCAUCAGCCUGCCUUUACAUCGCCUGCAGACAAGAGGGCGUGCCUCGGACGUUUAAAGAGAUCUGCGCCGUGUCCCGCAUCUCCAAGAAGGAGAUCGGCCGCUGCUUCAAACUGAUCCUCAAGGCCCUGGAGACCAGCGUGGACCUCAUCACCACCGGAGACUUCAUGUCCCGCUUCUGCUCCAACCUGGGCCUGCCGAAGCAGGUGCAGAUGGCGGCCACCUACAUCGCCCGGAAGGCCGUGGAGCAGGACCUGGUGCCCGGCAGGAGCCCCAUCUCUGUGGCCGCUGCUGCCAUCUACAUGGCCUCCCAGGCCUCCGCUGAGAAGAAGACCCAGAAAGAGAUUGGAGACAUCGCCGGUGUGGCAGACGUCACAAUCAGACAGUCGUACCGACUCAUCUACCCCCGUGCAGCUGACCUCUUCCCCCCGGACUUCAAAUUCGACACCCCUGUGGACAAACUGCCCCAGCUGUGAAGACCCCCUCGCCCCGAUGACACUUUAAAGGUUAUUUUUCUAGUUUUUAAUCUAUUAGCAAUUUCUUUCCCCCUUGUUAAUUAACUUAAGACUUCAGGCCAUUGUGAAGGCACUUUUUGCAGGAAUACAGAUAAGUACAGGACACACAUUCCAAUACUUAAAAAAAAAUGAGAUUGCAAACUGUACUUACAGUAUUUCAUUUGAGUGUAUAUAUACUGUAUAUAUGUCCAAGUGGGAAAAUGUAAUUGGUGCUUGCAAUAUUAGGCUGGUUUCAUACUAUAUGCAUUUUCUUUUGUAGGAAAUGCAGGUUCUAUUUUGUUAGCUUGUUUGCUUUGUAUUAAGUAAAUCAAAUGAUUUUCUGAAAAGCGUGUUGAAAACCUCAUGCAUUGAUUAACAUUAAACUUUGUUUACAGAAUGAGA